AACCUGGUCUUACGUUUGCUUGAACCAGGUCGGCACUUACGUUGAAAGAGAACCAAGCGCUCCCGGUGCGUAGAUAUCUGUCAGUGAAAAAAGUUCGUAGUGACACUCUAACAAUGAGCGAAUUGAAUUUACUUAAAGUGUCACUGUAUGUUGGUGACUUACAUCCAGAGGUAACAGAAUCUCAACUUUAUGACAAGUUCGUGAAAAUUGGACCAAUUGAAUCUAUUCGUGUCUGUCGAAACGUGCUAACUAAGAAGUCUCUCGGUUAUGCUUAUGUCAACUUUCAAAAUUAUUUGGACGCUGAAAAAGCAUUGGAUACAUUGAAUUUCGAAGCAAUUCUUGGCCGACCAAUGCGUUUAAUGUGGUCACAAAGAGACCCAUCCCUUCGUAGGUCUGGUAAGGGUAACGUUUUUAUUAAAAAUCUUGACUCCAGUAUCGACAAUAAAUCUCUACUUGACACUUUUUCAGCAUUCGGUUGUAUUCUGUCUUGUAAAAUAAUUUCUGAUGAAACUGGUUCAAAAGGUUAUGGGUUUGUUCAUUUCGAAGAAGAAAAGGCAGCAGAAGAGGCCAUUAACAAAGUCAAUGGCAUGUUACUCAACGGAAAGACAGUUUAUGUGGCAAAAUUUAUUCCCAAGAAAGAUCGUUUGAAAGAAAAAUACAAGUUUAGUAAUGUUUAUAUAAAAAAUUUCGGAACAGAUUUGGACGAUGAAGGCUUGAAAAAUAUCUUCUCAAAGUUCGGCGAUAUUGUGAGCGUCAAAGUAAUGACAGAUGAACAAGGUCAACCUAGAGGCUUUGGAUUUGUUAGUUUCGAAAAAGCCGACGAUGCUGAAAGGGCUGUCAAAGAAUUAGAUGGUCUUGAGUUAAAUGGAAGAACAUUAUUUAUCGGUCGCGCUCAAAAGAUAGAAGAACGCAAAAAAAUGCUAAAAGAGAAAUUUGAUAUCCCCAAAACAGAAGAAAAAUUUCGGUAUUCUGGAUUUAAUCUUUAUGUGAAAAACCUUGAUGAGGAUUUUGAUGAUGAACGAUUGUACCAAGAAUUUAGCAAAUAUGGCGAUAUUAGCAGUGCCCGUGUAAUGAUGCAAAAUGGUCGCUCAAAGGGUUUUGGGUUUGUUUGCUUUGACCAACAAGAAGCUGCAGAUAAAGCCAUAAAAGAAAUGAAUGGUCGCAUUGUACUGCAGAAACCAUUGUUCGUUACCUUUGCUCAAAGCAAAGAUGAACGUAAGAAAAACAUAAAUAAUCUGAAGGAUUCUGUUCCUGAUACUCAUUCGAUUAUUCCACCAGUUACUGCAAGCUACUAUUUGCCGACACUUCCCAGUCGCACCUCUUACCCAUCUCAAAUGCAUAUCGGCAACGUGUCACGUUGGCAAUCGCCAUUGAUACAUCAGAUUCCAAACCAAGUAAAUUACAACAGGCUACCAACAAAUCAUUUGAAGCUGAGAAAUAGUCAGAAUACUCGCCCUUUUACUGGUCAACCAACUGGCUACAGACAAAAUAUCUCGCCGUCCUUCAGCGGGAGUGGUCCAAGCUUUAUGAACACGCGCCCAUUGUACGAUAAUAGUACUCAUGCUCGUAACAUGGAGGCACUAGCUAUGCCACACCACUUGCACAAUGCGUCUUUAUUGCAUCAUACGAUCAAUCCAAUCCCUCAACAAUUCAAGGUUCCCACACAGUUAACCAAUCUAUUUCAAAUACCGAGUGUACAGCAAACAAAACCGGAGUUUACUGAAAAAUCUCUGGAUAGCCUUUCUGCCGUCUCUCCUCAGGAACAAAAGCAUUUCUUGGGAGAGCGUUUGUUUCCUGAAGUCAAGAAAAUAAACGAUAUAAUGGCCCAGAAAAUUACUGGUAUGCUUCUUGAACUAGACUCUUCCGAUAUUAUUCACUUAAUUGAGUCCCCCAAUGUGCUGCGAGAAAAAGUUCGUGAAGCUGAAAUGGUAUUGCAACAGAAUACGCGUGAGAAAUCGUUCGAGUUGGACAACACCAAUUUAUUCUCAGCUACCAUGGGCUAUGCUUGAAAUUACUGACGUUUGUUUAUUUUCGCUAACUAUCUGCAUUAACUUUGUCGUUGCUUUACAGUCAACUGAACUUUCAAGAAUUUAACCUUUUGAAAUGCAACUACACAAUGUCUUCACACUCGGUGGAAACCUAAUUUAAAUUUUAAUGUUACUGAAUUUCAGAAAAUGAGUAGAAUGCUUUUUUUAAAAGCAUUGGCAUUAAUUGGAUUAAAAAUAAAAAUAAAAACUCUUCGAUCGUUACAUGUCAAAUUUGAGGACUUAAUUUUUAGUCACGUCUAAAAUUCAAAAAUAUUUUAUGUACCGUCUGUAUAAUUUUGCUGAAUAAAAUAAAAAAUAUAUAUUGUAAAUAUAUACAUAUAGGACAACUUUUUUAAGUAUUAGUUUACUACAGGAAAGUUUUAGAUAGGGAAGAGCUAAAUUUGUUUUAACUAAACCUUGUAAUAUCUGAAAAAUGGCUUUCUUUCCAUUGUCUUCUUGCAUGAAUUUUAAACUUUUAAAAGUGAUUUGAAUUUUUUUCAUUUUUUUUCCUGCUAUGUAUAAACUUGUAAUUGAGUGACUAAACUGAUUCUGUUUUUAUUUCAACCUAUUUUUAAUUAGAAUUUCUUUGUGUUCGAGAAUUUUCUUUACUGUUGUCUCUGAGAAUAUAUUGCUCUUUAAUAUAAAACUUUUUCUAAUUCUUGUAGAGCAUUUGCUACAAAUGAUUAUAUUGGCAUUAAGCUAUCGAAGUAAGCAUUUUAAAAGGCCCAGCCUCCUCUGGAUUUAUGCAAGCCUUCAGUAAAAGGUUUCAAAUCUCGAUGCGAUACAUUCUGGACAAAGCUAAAUAAGCCAUAAAAACGUUUAGGUAAUUUUCUAGUGUCGUUUUCAGCUAGGUGCAAUAUUGGUGCGUUAAAGGAGGGCUAUAACUGAACCCAUUUCUGGUAUUAUGUCAAUAUUCCCACCUUUUGACUGUCUGAUUUGAACUUGAUUUCGAAUCUGACAUUUUUGGCUGGUAACAAAUUUGGCGUUAUAUUUUAGAGAUUGUAAUUUUCCUUUCUUUAAUUUUGGGACGACAUAAUACAAUAGCUAUUUAUAUAAGAGAUGGGCAUUCUGUAGCCCGCGGCCUUAUUUCUUCCGGUCUGCCGUUCUUUAGUACAUGACAGUCUAUAUACAAAAGUGUUAAAGAAAUGAGGGUUGUCGUUGGAUGUGCUAGAAACAGCCAAAUCACCCUUAAAUCCUUUUCUCUCUGGAAAUUUUUUGUACCGAAAAUGCUCUUCCCAUUGUUUUGGAGUGCAAAGAAAAAAAUUGGUCUGAAGUGGGAUGAGGAAGUAGGGUGUGAAAAAGCAUUUUCAAAACUAAUUCGUACAAAGAUGACCCAACCCCAUUUUCGAAGGCUAUGGUUUAAAAAAAAAAAUCCCGAAAAAAAAUAUCCCCACAAAUUUCUUUAUAAUCGUGAUCUAUGCUGUUUGAAAGGGAUUUGUGUAAAUUUUCAUUAAAAGAUGCCCAUCUUCCUGAAAGUUACGAGAAGGAAAAAAGUCCGGUCUGAAUUUUCUGAAACCUUUCUCCGUCCACUCUCAAAUUCUUUCCCGUAAAUUCCUAUAUACUCUGAAGCCAUAACGCCUAAGCCGUAUUUGUAGAAAAUUUUAAAGUAUCUAUUUUUCUGGA